GGCCGGAUCCUGCCUCCUGCCGCCCGAGAACAUGAUGGGGGGGCGGAGGAGGCGCCUGAGGUGACCGGGCCGCCUGGCACCGAGCGAGGGAGCAGGAGAAGACGAAGAGGGAGGCGGCGGGGGAGAAGCGCCUCUGCCCGGCCGGGAGACGGACGAGGAGGGCGGCGGGCAGCUGACCGGGCCUCUCAGCUGCUCCUCUUCCCGAGCCCUUUCCCCCCUCUCCCUUCUCCCCCCACCGCUCCUUCUUCUCCCCACAUCUCCAUGUGGAGGUUUAUAGGAUAUACUGCUACACUUUCCCCCGUUUUCAGCACUUUCUGCCUCACGGGCUCCUCCCCUCCCCCUCCCCAUUAAUCUCUUUAUUUCGGAGUCCCCCCACCAUUCUCCCCACUCUCUCUUCUGUUUUUGUUUUAUAUCUCCCCCCCCCUCCUGCGUUUAUUUCUUCUCAUUUCUUCUCGCCUUUGCUUCCUCAAACAACCCCUUCCCCAUUGGCAUUUUUUUGUCAAAUAACCCCUUCCCCAUUGGGGAGGAGGGUUCCCUUCCUUCCUUCUUUCCUUCCUAGGGAGUAAGUUUUAGGACGGCACCCCCCCCCCAAAAACCGAGCCUCCCUAUGUCCCCGUGUAUAAGACGACCCCUAUUUUUUGAGCCCGAAAUUAAGAAACAAUUAAUGGCAACAUUCCGGGAAUAAGACGAUCCCCAAUUUUAAACUUAAAAAAUUUGGCGGGGGGGGGAAUAUAGUCUUAUACACAGAAAAAUACAGUAAUUAAAAUUCCCCUGUGCUCAAUUCUGCCCACCUUCCCUUUUCUGCUGCCUCCGUCCUUCCCCCUUUCCCGAUGCUUUUCCUCUCUCAACCUUCCCAAUUCCCUUUUCCUUCCUUCUCUUUCCUUUAAACUCUCCUUCCUUGCCCCCCCCCACUUUCUUUCCUUCCUCCCUCGCCAUCUCCUGCUGCCUCAGCCCAGCCCACCAACUCCCCCCCCCAGUUCCAGCUGUGCAGUUAAUCCAGUCUGGCUUUGUGUCUGAUGGGGAGCGGAUGUGCCUGUCCUUGCUGGGGUGAAGACCCUCUUGGGCCCCUUCUUUUGGGUGCGAGACCUCCACGCGCCCCCCCACCAACAUGUCUCUUCUGGUAAGCAGCAGCUACAUCCGAAAAGCACCUGACGGAAGCUUUCAGAGAUAGAAACUGGGACCAGAGGAUUUGGCAACGGUAGCCUUGGAACUUUUGUGAAUCCGGUUGCAUUUGUGGGGAAAUGGCAGAAAAUAAAGAGAGGAGUCCUAAAAACCCAGACGUGAGACCUAAAACCAGCCGCAGUAGAAGUGCAGACAGAAAGGACGGCUAUGUGUGGAGCGGAAAGAAGCUUUCCUGGUCAAAAAGGAGCGAAGGCAGUUCUGACGCUGAAACGGCCAGCACCUCAGGGAAAUCCAUGUUUAGUUUAAGGAACCAGGAGAGGAAGCACAGCUGUUCCUCUACUGAGCUUGACUUGGAGCGUUCCUGCGGCCACAGACUCCUAGGCCGCUCCCUUAAGCAGAAACUGCAGGAUGCUGUGGGCCAGUGCUUCCCCAUAAAGAACUGCAGCAGUCGACAUUCUUCGGUGCUUCCAUCAAAGAGAAAGAUACAUAUCAGCGAGCUCAUGCUGGACAAGUGUCCUUUCCCGCCACGAUCUGAACUAGCCUUCCGGUGGCAUUUAAUCAAACGGCACACUGCCCCCGUAAAACAGGCCUCCGAAAGUUGGUUAAGUAUGGAGUCGUCGCAAGUGGAAGGGAGGAACGGAGAACUCCGGGGCAUUGAGAGUGCAGAAGGGGGAGAGUCAGCGGUUUUGCGGGCAUGCAGCAUUCCUGACGUUGCAGCCUGCAGGUGCGACCCUCAAGGUGACUCUGCCGCAGGCAAGCAGCUAAGGAACAGCAGAGAGGAAAGUGACAUGGACUCAGACGAUGAAGUGGUGACACUAUGCACUAGCUCCAGGAAGAGAAACAAGCCGCGGUGGGAAACAGAUGACGAGCUGCUGCAGCUGGAAACGCCUCCUAAAUAUCACACCCAGAUAGAUUAUGUUCAUUGUCUUGUCCCUGACCUCCUUCAGAUCAAUAAUAAUCCCUGCUACUGGGGAGUGAUGGAUAAAUACGCUGCAGAAGCACUUUUAGAUGGGAAGCCAGAAGGGACUUUUUUGCUACGAGACUCUGCCCAGGAAGAUUACUUGUUCUCUGUCAGCUUUAGGCGCUACAGCCGUUCCCUUCAUGCCAGGAUUGAGCAGUGGAAUCACAACUUCAGCUUCGAUGCCCAUGACCCAUGUGUCUUCCAUUCUCCCGACAUCACUGGACUCCUGGAACAUUACAAAGAUCCAAGCUCUUGCAUGUUCUUUGAGCCGCUUCUCUCGACUCCCUUAAACAGGACUUUCCCCUUUUCCCUUCAACAUAUAUGCAGGACAGUUAUUUGCAACCAUACGACUUACGAUGGCAUAGACGCCCUUCCCGUUCCUCCCUCUGUGAAGUUGUAUCUGAAAGAAUACCAUUAUAAGUCCAAAGUUCGAGUCCUCAGGAUUGAUGUACCAGACCAGCAACUCUAGAAGACUUUCUGAGAGACCUUUGGGAGUCUGUCCUUUUCCCUCUAAAUACUUGUUUUCCCCUGGAAAAAAAAAUAUUUAUAGUUUCAACUGAACUCUGCCUGAGCCUUAUGGUCCAAAUAGAUUUUUAUUCUGCAGCUCCAACAGGCAGAUUUUUUGGGUGAAGACACAAAACUUGUGCUUUUAUUGGUAAUAAUAUUCUAUAGGGUUUUAUGGAAUUUCAAGUAGAUUUUUUUAAGUUUUCACUCAAGCCUAACCUUUUAGAUUGAAGCUAAGUCAAAAUGAAUUUUGACUUGUCUUUUAUAUACUGUGAUUUAUAUGCAGUACAGGCAUGUUUGAAACACUGUAUGCAUUGUCUACUCAAAAGUGACUAAUUUGUAUUUUAUACCUUUCUUUGAAAAUUAGUACUUGGUCCUCUCUAUAAAAAGUAAAAUUAAUGUCUAUUUAUGAUGCUGCUGCUGCUACUGUGUGGCUUCUUAAUCUUGGUCAUAACAAAAAUAUAUUAUCUGUCUGUUGAGUCCAUGUGACCGUAAUCUGGUAUAUGG